AUGCCGUCGGCCACAGCGUCAGGGGCGGAUACUGGGUCAGGGGGCUCUGCGAAAUCCCGCGAACAUAACCAAGGAAAUCAAGACCGGAAAUACACACCAGAGCAGAAAGCGGCCGUGCUUCGGAUACGAAAAUGCUCUGCGACGGCGUUCUACGAGAUUCUGGCAUUGGAGAAGACGGCGACGGAUGGCGAGAUAAAGAAGGCGUACCGGAAACUGAGUCUGUUGACGCAUCCUGAUAAGAAUGGGUAUGAGGGGGCGGACGAGGCGUUCAAAAUGGUCUCGCGCGCGUUCCAGAUCUUGUCGGAUUCGGAGAAGAAGGCCAAGUAUGACAAGUUCGGCGGGGAUCCCGAUAGCAGGUUCCAGCCGUCAGGUGGUCCGGCUGGUGCGUCGCCUUUCGGUGGUUUCUCUGGUGGUGGGUUCCCUCGAGGACCAGGAGGGCCUGGGUUCGAUGAGGAGAUAUCACCGGAGGAGUUGUUUAAUCGCUUCUUUAACGGUGGGCUUGGUGGUGGGUUUGGACCGUUCGGCGGUCCGCAGUUCGUCUUUAACAUGGGAGGUGGCCCCGGGUUCAGAGUUCAUCAGUUUGGAGGCUCUCGACCUCGACGACGGCCUCGUGAAAAUGCUGAGUCCCAACCUACGCCAUCGCUCUGGGCCACUUUCCAGCAGUUUCUGCCCCUAAUCCUUCUCUUCGUGCUCCCGCUGCUCUCCUCGCUCUUCUCCGGUUCGCCUACCCCCGAUGGGCCCUCUUAUCGAUUUGAAGCCGUAUCUCCUCAUACGAUGCAACGAACAACACCCAAGCUCAAUAUAAACUAUUUUGUCAACCCGCUAGAUGUGGACGACUACAACACGCGAAAGUUCAAUAAUUUGGAUAAGCGUGUGGAAGUGGAAUAUGUUACUAGACUCCGGCACGAGUGCGAGAGUGAAAUACACGCUCGUGAUCGGAUGAUCCAGGAUGCGCAAGGCUGGUUCUUCCCCGAUGUAGAGAAACUGAAGGCGGCCCGGACGAUGGAGCUUAAGAGCUGUCGUCGGUUAGAAAGCCUGAAAGGGAGGUAUUAG